UCUUACUUGGAUACCCAAAGCAGCUGCAUCUGGCAUUCUUGGCUACCCACCCCAACAUUUCUUCUGAAGUCGUCAAUCAUGGCUCCUCUCAACCGUAUUAUUAUUGACACAGAUCCUGGUGUGGAUGAUGUCCUGGCCCUGUUGCUGGCGCUGGCCGCAAAGCCUGAGGAGAUAGAGAUCCUUCUCCUUUCUGUCACAUAUGGCAAUGUCCAAGUCCAAAGUUGUCUGCGCAAUGUUGUUGCACUCUUCCAUGUUAUCGAGAAGGAGUUGGAGUGGCGUAGAGCUCGCGGUCAACUUGAAGGGUUUGAAGCUAUGAAAAGCUCAAAGCCCAUUGUUGCCGUUGGUGCCGAGCAUCCAUUAGAUGAUGAGCUCCUCAUGGCUGAUUAUUUUCAUGGUAUUGAUGGACUAGCUGGUGUCCACACUUCGCAUCCACAUCUAUCUCCAGCUGAUACAUGGAAGACCCUCUUCCAGCCUCCACCAGCAAACGCAUCUGCGGCAGAGACUGAAGCAGCUCGCGAACUUGCGACCUCUGUAGAAUCAUUUCGCCCUUCUCAAGUCGCUGCUCACGAAGAAAUACUUCGUCUCCUCAAAGAGAACCCACGCGAUACAAUCACUAUUAUUGCGAUUGGACCCUUGACGAACUUGGCACUGGCGGCUGCGGAGGAUCCGGAGACAUUCUUGAGAGUGAAAGAGGUUGUUGUCAUGGGUGGUGCCAUUGACGUGGAAGGAAACGUUACGCCUGUGGCGGAAUUCAACACCUAUGCAGACGCUGUUGCUACCGCCCGCGUAUUCGCACUGACAUCUCCAAAUCCUUCGACGACCCUCCCCCCAGUGCCAUCGAAACUGUCUACAAUGGGGCCUUAUCCAAAGAAUCUUUCGAGGAAGCUCAACCUAACUUUGUUUCCCCUCGACAUAACAAGCCCACAUCUACUCUACCGAACAGAAUUCCAGACCAAGCUCGACCCAUUGGUCGAAGCUGGGAGUCCUUUGGCACAGUGGACUUCUGUGUUCGUCAACAAGACGUUUGAGAAGGUCGAGUCCCUUACUAGGAAGCAACGAAACCCGGGAUUAGAGUUGCAUGAUCCAUUGUGUGUGUGGUACGUACUAACACGCUCGUCGCCUGCGUGGAUGCAGGCUCCAAAGGCCCCGGAGGAUAUCCGAGUUGAGACGGCCGGCCAAUGGACACGAGGAAUGCAUGUCGUUGACCGACGCAAUCGAAAGAAGGGAGGUAUCGUGGAGCAAGUCAAGAGCCCCGGAGCUGUUGACAUUACAAAUCCAAUGGAAAGUCUGAGUAUUGUUUCGGAUGUUGAUACAGAAGAUGUCGCGGAGGGUGAUGCACCCGGUGACAAUGGUAGUUGGCUUGAUCCUAAGAAGGGUAACAGGAUUACCAGAAUCGUUGGCACCCCAGGCGAGGAGCUAUUUGGAACGUAUCUUUUGGAGAGGGUUUUUGGCUAG